AUGGUCGUCGACCCAUCAAUCUACGUCAAAGUGUGUGGGAUUGUAGAAAAUCUUGACAAUCUUAUACCUGUUGGAACAUUAACUAUUCAUGACUUUCCUAAAGGCAACUUUGAUUACUGUGGGAUCAAAUCACCAGAUCGUUGGACAUGGCUAAAUCUACCGUUCAUUCAAGACAUAUGUCGUAAGGAGAAUGAUAAUGAUAAUUAUGAUGUUCCAUUACUAAAGUGUUUAAGAUUCCUUCUUGAUUUCAAAUAUAUCAGAUGCACUUAUAAGUUGUUUCAAAUUAAUGACCUCCAAUUGGUUCGAAUAAGAGUUUAUGCUGUUCCUGGUGAUGUUAAAGGCUUUAGAUUCAUUAACACCUGGAGAAAAAGGUUUCGAAUCAAGAAUGUAACUAAGAAUUGGCGAUUUCUAAUUGAAUUGCUUGAUUUCUCAAGUGACAGUUGGUACAUGGCAAAACCUUUAAAUGAGAUGCUCUUGGUUCCGUACACUGUUAGACCUAGUAGUAGUAGUACUAAUAAUUGCAAUGGUUAUAACUUUCAUUUGGAUAGAUGGCAUAAUGGUAAACCAUAUUCUAUGUCGAAAGAGAGGAUGACACCUUCAUUAAUCACCAGAAUCCAAAAGCUUUAUGGUUCAAUCACUUCUCCCCAAAUGGCUAAAUAUGCAACCAACGCCAAGUUCAAGCUGUUCCAGCCAUUACAAACACCCCGAGAACGUUUGGAAAGUCUUGUAAGCAAUGCCUCCAAUGGCACAGUGGAAAUCGAUGGUCUUAAAGCUCGAAUGUAUUCGUAUCAAGUCAUUUCAUUGGCUCGAAUGUACGAAAAGGAAGCUAUACAACAGUACCACCAUUUACCGGGGUUGCUUGACUUCAAAGAUUGUUCACAUUCAAAGACUCCUUACUAUGUUCACAUCAAUACCUUUGUCUUUUAUAGGAAUCCUGAUUUAAUCCGACUACCUAGAGGUGGCAUAUUGGCUGAAAAUAUGGGGUUGGGCAAAACUCUUAUAUGUUUAGCUCUUGUUUGCUUAACCAAGAAUGAUAUUACUGAAACACCUGAAGAUCUUUUACUUUACCGUCAAGAAGAUUCAAAAUCUCGUAUUCUUUUAAAAUCACUUGUGAAUACUUGUGUUCUGUUCAUAAAUGAUAACUCAAUGCCUUGGAAAUAUUUCAUUAAUGAGAUCCCUCCACAAGUGAUCCAGAGACUUGGUGAAUCGCCUGGAAGUUUCAAACUCAAAAUUGAUUAUAAUAAUCAACAUAACUCCGUAUUUGAUGUCCCCAAAAGACGAUCUUAUCGGAAGAAAGAAUCAGUUUUGGAUCAUCAACCUGAAGAUUAUUUGUAUCGGAACGUUUAUCACAGUUCAACAACUCUAGUUGUUGUGCCUGAGAAUCUUAUUCAUCAAUGGAGUAAUGAAUUAGCAAAACAUGUUCAUCAUAACUAUCUAAAGAAACUCUUUGUAUCUUCACAUUUUUCAGAGAUCAGUGGCCAAUUUAUGACAUUUAUGAAUGAUAUGACGACUUUAGAUCCUUUGCAAUUAAUUCAAUAUGAUUUGAUCAUUAUUUCCAAUCAAAUAUUUGGGAAACUAUUCAAUAAACCUGAAAACCCUCUUUUAAAAGUAUAUUGGAAAAGAUUAAUCAUAGAUGAAGGUCAUUCCAUUAAUUCAAAGAAUUCAAGAACAAGUCUUCUUUGUAAGGAUAUCUUAGCAGAAAGGAAAUGGGCUGUCACCGGAACGCCUACUUCUGGGUUAACAAACAUUUAUGUUGAUGAAGAAGAAGAAGAACAAGAGGAUACUCGGAAAUCCAAAUACGUGAUCAAAAACACCUUUGAUGAACGGAAUGAUUUAGCAAAACUUGGGAAUAUUGUCAGUAAUUUCUUAAAGGUAGAGCCCUUCCAUUCUCAAUUGAAAAGUUGGACUAACUUGAUUGUUAAACCGUUGAUCUCGGGUUCAUAUAAUGCAGAACAAGCAUUAUAUAUGCUUAUUAAUAAUUUGAUGGUAAGACAUAACCCCUUGGAUAUUAGUGAUAGUUUGGUUCUUCCCCAACUACAUCAUGAAGUUGUAUAUCUACAACCUUCGUUUCACAAUAAAUUAUCCAUCAAUUUAUUUGCUGCAGUGUUGGCUGUUAAUGCAGUGACAUCUGAAAGAACCGGCAUUGAUUAUAUGUUUCAUCCAUCCAAUAGAAUGCAAUUACGAAGAUUAAUAACCAAUUUGCAACGAGCCACCUUCCAUUGGACCGGGUUCACUCAAAAGGAUGUUGAAACGUUAAUUAAGAUUUGCAGACAUGCUUUGAAAAAGAAGAAACCUGAUGGAAGUCAUUAUUAUACUGUAUCUGAUAAUAAGCUUCUUAUUAAAAGUAUGGAAAUAGCCAAAACUGCUCUUAGUAAUUCUCAAUGGAGAUCAGGUGCUUUGCUUCAUGAAAUGUCAUAUUAUAUCAAUGGACUUCCACUUCAAUUUGCCAAAUAUUUUGGAGUUUCUCAUCAACCAUUAAAUCAAAGUCAAUCGUCUGUGUUUGGAGCACCUCAUUUGAAUGCCAUACAAGACUUUGUAUACAAGAAUAGGUUCACGAGAUUUCAAGAUAUUCAACAGUUUAAUGAGUUGCUAGAUCCAUCUUCAAGGGUCUUUUGGGAUAGAUAUUGGAACGACUCGCUUAAAAGUAAUGAUAAUAAGUUCAGCAAGCAAGGCUCUCAAAAGAAACCUCAAGCAAUUAUGCAAGCUGAAAUUAUAUCAGCUAUUAAUAUUCCCGAAAUAGUUGAAGGGUUUAAACCUCAAUAUAUGGUAGAUGAAACUGCUUGGGAGUAUGACAACGAGUUAUCGGUCACUCAGGACCACAAGACUGAUGUUAAUGAUUUAACCUUUGAAAAGUUAAGAAAAGCCAUAGUCUCUGGAACAGCAUCUGCUAAAUUAUCAUACCUUGGUGCAAGGUUACUUGAACACAAGUUGAAUAAAGACAAAUCCAUAGUGUUUUAUGAAUUUGAAGAUAGUGCUUAUUAUUUAACGGAAUUGCUUGAUAUUUUGGGAGUUCAAUAUAUUCUUUAUGCUACUUUCAAUAAACCUGAACAAAGAGCACAGAAUUUAUCUGAAUUCAGUUUAUAUGAUAGCAAUAAUAGAGGAGGAAUUGCCUUGAUUAUGGAUUUGAAAUUGGCUUCUCAUGGAUUAACAAUAAUUUCUGCUUCAAGAGUUUACUUCCUCAGUCCCGUAUGGAAGACAUCUGUUGAAGCACAAGCUAUCAAAAGAGCCCAUAGAAUUGGCCAGACUAAAGAAGUUCAUGUAGAAACACUUGUUCUUAGAGACACUUUGGAGGAAGAGAUCUACAAUCUCAGAUCAAGCCACAGAAAUAUUAAUAAUGGUAAUGAUGAUGACACUAAUUCGUAUGAGGAACAAACAAAUGAUAAUAAUCAUGCAAUUGAUGAUUUGGGAGUUCAAAAUUAUGUUUUAAAACAUGAAUUUCUUGACUUUGAAGCCUCUGAAAAUGAAUGCUGUGGAUUUCAAGCACCUGCUAUCUCAGAAGCAAUUGAUACUGAAAACGAUGAUGAUGAUCCAGAUUCAUAUUCCUUAUUGAAUCAUCAGCUGUUUGUGAACAAAUUGACUAGACCGCAUAUUCGACAGUGGUUGAUAUAUUUAUGCAAUCAAGAUAACUUGGAGAAGUUGACGAGAUCUAAAAGCCAAAAGAUUCUUGACAAGGAAUCCAAAAAGGACUUUAUGAAGAGCUUUAUCACUGAAUGUGAAGAAGCUCCACAUGUUAACAAACGGCCAUUAGCAAUCGUAUCUAAGAACAAACGUAAACGGGUAAGGUUUUAG